CGCACUCAAGCAGCAAGGAUUGAGGCGCAUGCAACAAGAGCGCGUCAUACUCAACUGCCUGCUGCUGACUUGAAAACGUUCCAGACCGGGCCACGCCACAGCAGCCCGGUCCCGCAAGGCGGGCCAUCCGCGUUCGAGUCUUUUCCUAGGUCUCCUCCGCAGGACAGGAGUGUUCUUAAAGUGCUGGCUGCAAGGAAACACUGACUACCACCUUCUACAUCAAUGUCACCCCGGGAUCGCAAAAAGAAGCGGCACCGCUGCGGGUGAACACGUCCAUUUGGGAAGACACCACGGUAGCGAUCGCCGCGUGACCAGCGCUCUAACCCUGGACGUGGGAAGCGCCAAUUCAUCCUGAAUGCAGUGCCACGGCUGCAGGCAAAGAUGAACCAAACACCGCCGGGCGUUCUUGAAAACGCUUGGCGCACCGGGACCAUCUUUCUUGAGACAGCGAUUCGAACCACAGUGAGAGCUACUAUCUCUCCACACUUGAGCAGCAACUGGACGACGGACGUUGCGAAUAGGACGGGCACUGACAGCAACGAUACACGCCCGUGGCUCACAAUGUUCGAAAGCGCGAUCGGCGGCGGCGACGCGGCAGCGCUGAACCUGUCAAUGACGGGUCAAAACGCGUCGUCUUACAACGCGGCCGCAGCGAUAGCUGCCGAGGAUGAUGAUGCGCUUUCACCGGCCACUGUGCCGCGCGAGCUACGGCUCGUCGUAGUUGUGCUGGUCUCGUGUAUUCUGGGCCUCAUCAUUAUCGCCACCGUGGUGGGCAAUGUGUUCGUCAUCGCAGCCAUUUUCAUGGAGCGAAAUCUGCGAAGCGUCGGGAACUAUCUGGUGCUGUCGCUUGGUGUCGCCGACCUGAUGGUUGCUUGCCUUGUGAUGCCCCUCGCGGCCGUAGCGGAAGUGAGCCGUGAAUGGGCGCUUGGGCCCGCUUUGUGUGACGUGUGGACUUGCUGUGACGUCCUCUGCUGCACAGCGUCCAUCCUGCACCUUCUCGCCAUAGCCAUGGACCGUUACAGGACGGUGGCUCAGGUGGACUACGUGCGCCAACGGAACGCACGCCAGGUCGGGCUCAUGAUUCUUCUGGUCUGGGCUGUUGCCGUCGCCGUGUCGGUGGCGCCUGUAUUCGGAUGGAAGGACCCGGAUUUUCAGCAUAGGGUCCAGGUCAACCGUAUCUGCCUGGUAAGCCAGGACGUAGGCUACCAGAUAUUUGCCACGUGUGCCACAUUCUACGUGCCUCUAAUACUGAUUCUGCUGUUGUACUGGCGCAUCUACCAGGUGGCGCGCCGCAGAAUACGCCACAAACCGGGCAGCAAAAUUCCGAUUGCGAUGGCUAAGAGCCCAUCAUCAAACGUUGAAAUCUCUGUAAUCGUGGCCGGGGAAAAUCACAGUCCGAACUCGUGUAGCGGCGGGACCACCACGCAGGAGUCUGACGUCUCACGUAACAACGACGGGGCGCCGCUGCGACCAGCGCUGCAUCCCAACAAAGACCGCAAGCAACAACAGAAGCAGCCGCACUUCUCCCGCGAGUCGCUUGAGUCCAAGCGCGAGCGCAAGGCCGCGAAGACUCUGGCCAUAAUCACGGGCGUGUUCGUCGUCUGUUGGAUGCCCUUCUUCGUCAACGUGCUCCUCAUGACUCUCUGCACGUCGUGCUCGUCCAGCGGUUACGCGUUCAGCGUCUUUCUGUGGCUUGGCUACGUGAACUCCAUGCUCAACCCGAUCAUAUACACCAUAUUCAGCCCCGAUUUCAGAAACGCCUUCAGAAAGCUUCUGUGCAACAGGAAACCAACAUACGAAUUCAAGCGGUAACCGCCAGUAGUGCGGUGAGUCAUGUGAAAAGUCAGCUUGCAGAAAUAUACGAGAAGGCAGGCAACAUGGCAACGUGCAUCCGACUUCAAAGACUAAAGAGCACUGGAUGCGACGUUGCCUAGAGUAUCAAAACGUUGAUCGUUGUGGCUGAGGCAAUGGGAAGACCGAGAUGCGUUGUCAACCGCAGGGAUGGGGAUGUUGUAUCGGCGCCCCUCCGAUAGCUUCUGUUGAGACUGAGAAACCCUUUGUUCAAAUUACUGACACUCAGUUUAUUCACUGGCUAAGGCGCUAUCGUUGGAGAAUGCAUCAGCCUAAUUUUGUUCUUCCCCCUCCCUGCCUCAGUUUUUAUGGGUCAUGCGCUCCACAACCAAGAGAUCACGACCUUUCAAGUUGCUUGGGUCCACCUUGUUGC